AUGGGAGCUCAGUUCUCACCCGAUCACAUGCGUACGGCCUUGGAAGUUCUGACUUUCCUGACUCAGACUACCCCUCAGACGCAAGUUAUACGGCCACUCUCAGAGGCAGAGGUCGAGCAAAGAAGGAAACUCCCUAGGCCUCAGAACAAUCCUCGUGUUUGGAGAAGAAAUUUGCAGCAGGAUAUGGAGGGCGCAAACUAUCAGGAGUGUAAAGCAGAAAGUACCACACCUAGCAGAGCUCGACCCAGGACAGGAGCAGAGCAGAGACCCAGUCCAAUGCAUCACUCCGUGUCAGGUAUCCCGAAUCCUAUUCGAGCUAUAGUUAAGCCUGGUAAUUCUCCUUUUUGUGAUGAAAUUCUCUCUGAAAGAAUGAAAAAAAUAAAAAUUCCCACCUGCAAAUUUUCCGGGAAGACAUACCCAGUUAACCAUCUUUCAGCCUUUAGGAGACACAUAAUGCUAUAUACCAACACAGACUCCAUGUGGUGCAAGGUGUUCCCUUCCACACUUGAGGGGAUAGCGCAGAGCUGGUUUGACAAAAUACCCAAGGGGGCGAUAACGUCUUUUCGGCAACUAGCCAUCUUGUUUCGCACCCAGUAUGUGGCAAAUAUCGCUAGAGAAAGGAUGACAGGAGAGCUGAUGUCAGUUGUCCAAGGGUCGCAAGAGUCUUUGAGAGACUAUAUCUCCAGGUUCAACAUGGAGGCAUCGAAUAUACCCAAAUUACAACAGGAGGUGGCAGUUCUAGCAAUGAUGUCUGGUCUGCGAGAUGGAGAAUUCAAGAGUUAUCUGGGUAGAAAAUCAUUCACAACCUUGGUAGAAGUGUUGGGAAAAGAAAAUGAGUUCAUAAAAAGCGAAGAAAUCGGCAAAACAACUUCCCGGAGAAAGGCAUAUCUUGACAGAAGAGACAACCAACAGCAUAAGAAAGAAUGGGGUGGACCGAACAGAGGUAGGGGCAGUGAAUUUAGAGCUGAGAAGAGAGGUAAAUACAAUGAAUACACUCCUUUGGUCGCAUCUAGAACUCAAAAUGUUGCCAUUAGCAAGGAAGAUGAAAAGUGGCAGAGACCACCUAAGAUGUACAACAAGUACAUGGAUCCGAAAAAAUAUUGUGAUUUUCACAGUGAUCAUGGUCACCUCACAAAAGAAUGCACUCACCUCAAGGACAAUAUUGAAGACCUGAUUCGAAGGGGAUAUCUAACGCAGUUCAAGGCAAAAAUCUCAUAA